AUGGGUAUAGAACGAAGCCUGCUUCAGCCUUCGGAUAUCCCUUUAAUGGGAUUUGGAGGAAAGAGAGUGAAUGCAAUCGGCAAAUUGCCACUCCCCGUGUCCUUCGGAGACACGGCCAACGCAAGAACAGAGCACAUCACCUUUGAUGUGGUAGAAAUGCCCUACCCAUACCGCGCAAUCUUAGGAAGGGGGACAAUCAACAAGUUCGAAGCUAUCGUUCAUCAACUAUACUUGUGCAUGAAGAUGCCAGCUCCCGCGGGGGUCAUCACCGUCCGCGGGGACCAGCAACUUGAGCGGGACAUUGAGCGGGGAUACACCCCAGGCCAGAAAAAUGUCCACAACCUUCGGACUGAAUCCAAGUCCGUUACCUUCAAAGAGCAGCAAAGGGACAGCGAGAAAGCAACCUUCGAAGAAGACUGUGAAGUCAAGAAGGUCCCCCUCGAUGUACAUCUACCCGACAAAAUGGUGACUAUCAAUGCAACCCUCGAGCCCGAAGAAGAGAAAGAACUUCUCGAGUUCCUCCGCAAGAAUCAAGAUGUUUUUGCAUGGUCUGCCAGCGACCUUCGGGGAGUCAGUAGAGACAUCAUUGAGCAUCGCCUGGACAUCAACCCAAACAUCAAGCCGAAGAAGCAGAAGCUUCGCAAAAUGGCAGAUGAAAAAGUCGCAGCAGUCAAGGCCGAAGUCCAGAGACUGCUAGAUGCAAAUGUCAUUAGAGAAGUCAAGUGCCCAACAUGGCUGGCAAACACCGUGCCGGUCAAAAAGAAGAAUGGCAAAUGGCGCAAGUGCAUCGAUUUCACUGACCUCAAUAAAGCCUGCUCAAAGGAUGACUUCCCGCUGCCAAGAAUCGACAGAGUCGUUGAUGACACAGCAAACAGUCAACUAAUGUCUCUGCUGGAUUGCUUCUCCGGAUACCAUCAGAUAUGGAUGAGAAAGGAAGAUGAAGAGAAAACAAGCUUCAUAACACCAUUCGACACCUACUGCUUCGUGAGGAUGCCCGAAGGAUUAAAGAAUGCAGGACAGUCUUUUUCAAGAAUGUCCUCCGUGGUCUUAGAAUACCAACUUAGAAGGAAUGUCCUGGCUUAUGUUGAUGAUAUUGUAGUAACCAGUUCAAUAAGAAGCAACCAUGUGGCAGACAUGGCCGAAACCUUCGCAAGCCUAAGAAAAGCAGGACUGUCUUUGAACCCCAACAAGUGCAUCUUUGGAGUCCACAAAGGAAAAGUGAUAGGAUGCCUAGUGUCCACCAAAGGCAUCGAAGUAAACCCCGACAAAGUAAAAACUCUUUGGAACAUGGAGGAGCCAAAGUCCAUCAGGGACGUACAGAAACUCACAGGGCGAAUAGCAGCCCUAAACAGAUUCAUCCCUCGCUCUGCAGACCGAAGCCUACCAUUCUUUAAGGUCCUUCGCAACGCAAACAAAUUCGAGUGGGGCCAUGAGCAAAGCAAAGCCCUUCAGGGACUCAAAAACCAUCUCCAGAACAUGGUCAAAAUGACCUCACCCAACACGAAGGACGUGUUGCUCCUGUACAUCGCAGCAUCAUACUCCGCUGUCAGUGCAACACUAGUCCUCGAGAGAGAAAUUGGGGUAAAGAAGCAGCAGCUACCUGUUUACUUCGUAUCCGAAGCUCUUGCAGCCUUGAAGCUCCUGUACUCAGAGCUAGAGAAAAUUGCAUACACAGUAGUCAUGUCUUCUCGGAAGCUUCGGCACUACUUCGAAGCUCACAAGAUAAUCGUGGUCACAGAUCAACCUCUGCAUGAUUUGUUCAGUAACAAAGAGGCCUCAGCUAGAAUUGCCAAAUGGGCUUCAGAACUCUCGGAGUUCUACAUAGACUUCGAGAGAAGAACAGCCAUCAAAUCACAAGUAUUGGCAUACUUCAUUGCCGACUGGACAUCCCCAACCUUCAAGGAGGAACCUUCGACUGAAACCUGGAUCGUGCACUGCGACGGGGCUUGGUGCAACGACGGAGUGGGCAUUGCUGCAAUCAUAGAGUCUCCUUCGGGAGCAAAAACAAGAUACGCAGCACGACUAACCUUCGGCAACCUCGAAUCAUCUACCAACAACACCACCGAGUACGAAGCCUUGCUCCUGGGCCUUCGCAAAAUGAAAGCCCUUGGCCAUCAAAACUUCAUAGUCAAAACAGAUUCGAAGGUCAUCAGAGACCACAUCGAAAAGGACUCGGAGGCAAGAAAACCAGAGCUUAUAGAGUACCUCGAUGCCGUCAGAUCCAUGGAGAAGUAUUUCAAGGGCUUCGACAUCGUUCAUAUCCCGAGACACAUGAACGACGAAGCCGACAAACUGGCAAAGGCAGCAUCAAGAAAGGAGCAGUUACCCUCGGAUAACAUCGUCUGCAGGUUCGGGGUCCCAAGGGAGAUCACUGUCGAUAACAGCAAACAAUUUGAUUCACAGCUCCUCAGAGAAUUCUGUUACAGUUUGGGCACGAAGGUAAUCUUUGCCUCGGUGUACCACCCACAAUCCAACGGGGCCGUUGAAAGGGCCAAUGGCAUCAUAUUCGGCAGCGUCAAGAAGUGCCUAUUUGAUCAGAAAAAGGGCAAAUGGGCCGAUGAACUCCCAAAGAUCAUUUGGUCCCACAACACCUCAGAAUCAAGAAUCACCAAGUUCACCCCAUUCAGGCUACUGUACGGUGCCGAAGCAAUGAAACCAGAGGAGCUUAAAAAUCGAAGCCUAAGGGUGACUCACCAAGUUGAGGCCACACCCUAG